GCUUCGAGAGCGUUCUUAUUCCUCCCCCAUGAGUCCAUGACUAGUGUCUAGUAACUUCGGCCUCCCCUACUUCCGGUUCCACAAAGCAAUACUACACCGAGUGCCGUUCCAAUCGCCGCAACCGCGUCUGAGGCGAACACCGCGUGAUCCAACCUUCCAGCCCUUUGCGUUCCCGGCGGCAUCUCCACCCCAGUCCCAGAUCAUGUCGACGCAGUCCAUGUCGCCCGCCUCCGCGUCCCCGCAGUUCCCGUACCCUGCUACCGCGGCGGCGGCGGCGACGGCUCCGUCGUACUUCCCCGUGCCCUUCCACCUUCAGACCUCGCAGUACCCCACCUGGCCGACGGUGGCCCCCGCGCAGCCUGCCCCGGCGUACAACGCCGUCUACCCCAUGCCCCAAGUCCAGCAGGGAUGGAUCCUUCCUGCAAUUUGUUGGCGUAGUGUGCUGAGGUGGUCGGGGAGGAUCUGGACGCCGCUGUGCGGCUUCCGAGGCUUGGGGGGCGCGCUCUGUUGUUUUAGAGCUCAGUUUGGUAGACUAUCAUCGGCUUCUCGUCAUAAGACAUCCACUCUUCUGCCAUAUAUUGGUUCCACGGCACAACAAUUGUUCCAAAGAGAUUUGCAGAUAAUCAGCCCUGAGGCUCUCGCCACUGUGAAGGCUGCUAUUGCGGAUAAUGACAAAGACAAGAAAGUUGAAGCAAACAAAAAGGCAGUUCCUCGAAAGGCAGCUGGGCAAUGCUGGGAGGAUCCGACGUUAGCUGAGUGGCCUGAAAAUGACUUCCGUUUGUUUUGUGGUGAUCUUGGAAAUGAAGUGAAUGAUGAUCUUCUGACCAAGGCUUUUUCAAAAUAUCCAUCCUUCAACAUGGCUAGGGUUAUACGGGAUAAAUCUAGCGGUAAGACUAAAGGCUACGGGUUUGCUAGUUUUGCCAAUGCAUCGGAUCUUGCGGCAGCACUGAAAGAGAUGAACGGUAAAUAUGUUGGAAAUCGACCAAUCAAGCUACGGAAGAGCACAUGGAAGAAUAGAAUAGACUACGAAGCUUUGCAGAAGCCUAAGACUCGGCCACAGAAGAAGCUCAAAGUGCAGCCCAGAAGUGUUUUACACAAGUGAAGCAAAUAAUUCUAGUUUGUCAUCACAGUACCGAUAAUGAUGUACAUUUUUUGGCGCAUAUACAACAGUUGAUGUCUUUGGCGCAUAUACAACAGUUGAUGUAAGCCGUCAGCAUUUGCUUGCGUCAGUUUUCGCCUUGUUGCGAGCUGUAAUUCACAUUUGAGAGUCUUUAGUGCAUUCCAGUUUAUGUUGUUUAAACGUUGUGCCAAAUGCCUGCAGACUCGGCCACAGAAGAAGCUCAAAGUGCAGCCCAGAAGUGUUUUACACAAGUGAAGCAAAUAAUUCUAGUUUGUCAUCACAGUACCGAUGAUGAUGUACAUUUUUUGGCGCAUAUACAACAGUUGAUGUCUUUGGCGCAUAUACAACAGUUGAUGUAAGCCGUCAGCAUUUGCUUGUGUCAGUUUUUGCCUUGUUGCGAGCUGUAACUCACAUUUGAGAGUCUUUAGUGCAUUCCAGUUUAUGUUUUUUAAACGUGGUCCCUUAGAAAAGGUAGAAUGGAGACACACCACUGAGAGCAUGGUUAACUGCUGGCUAUAAGACAUCUUAUUUUUUCGAA